AAAGACAGGCUGGACAAGGAAUGGCAUGAAAUACUGCAGAAGAUGUUCUCCACCUGUCCGAAGUACCCGCUCGCCUAUAUCUGAUCUGUGUGCGAACCCCAAGUUUAUUAUUGAAGAGGCAUCACGCACGGAUAUCUGCCAGGGAGCAUUAGGUGACUGCUGGCUUCUGGCUGCUAUUGCAUCGCUGACUCUGAAUAAUGAGGUUCUCUGCAAGGUUGUUCCCAGUGGACAAGAAUUUGACUCUGAAUAUGCCGGAAUCUUCCAUUUCCAGUUCUGGCAGUAUGGCGAAUGGGUGGAUGUGGUAAUUGAUGACAGGUUGCCCACAAAGGAUGAUCAGCUGAUGUUUGUGCACUCCGCUUCUGGCAAUGAGUUUUGGAGUGCCCUGCUGGAGAAAGCGUACUCAAAGUUAAAUGGAUCAUAUGAAGCACUCUCUGGAGGAUCCACCACUGAAGGGUUUGAAGAUUUUACAGGAGGAAUUGCAGAGUGGUACGAAUUAGACAAAGCACCAAGCAACCUCUUUAAAAUCAUUAAAAAGGCACUAAGAUGCGGCUCACUCCUUGGCUGUUCGAUUAAUGUGAGUCUCUAA